AUGGAGUUAGAUCCCGCAGUGCCCUUGGAAUUGCUAAGUGAGAAAUCCUUCUCUGACUCAAAAGGAGGCUUACUGGUGACAAACUCUGCUGUCCCCAACAUUCUUAUCAGAGAUUCAGCUGAGGUGGAGCCUUCUAAAUGCAUUCUUAAGUGGGAAGUGAGUGAAAGAGUUAGAUACAAAAUUUUGGCUACAGAUAUGGCCACCGAGAAUAAAGACUACAUUUCCCAGGCUCCCUUGCAGAUCCUCAGGACUGCCCAUGCUUCCUACGCCAGUGCCCCACGCUGCCCCCGGGCAUGUGCUAAAUUCUUUCUCUCCCAUUUAGAAGAGAAGCCAGAUUGCUCCAAGGCCCGCUGUGAAGUCCAGUUCUCUCCACGGUGUCCUGAAGAUUCCGUUCUGAUCGAGGGCUAUGCUCCCCCCGGGGAGUGCUGCCCCUUACCCAGCCGCUGCGUGUGCGACCCUGCGGGCUGCCUGCGCAAAGUCUGCCAGCCGGGAUACCUGAACAUACUGGUGUCCAAAGCCUCAGGGAAGCCGGGAGAGUGUUGUGACCUCUAUGAGUGCAAACCAGUUUUCAGCGUGGACUGCAGCACCGUGGAGUGCCCCUCCGUUCAGCAGGCCGUGUGCCCUCUGGACAGCUACGAGACUCAAGUCCGACUCACGGUGGACGGUUGCUGCACCCUGCCCACAAGAUGCGAGUGUCUCUCUGGCUUAUGUGGUUUCCCCGUGUGUGAGGUGGGAUCCACUCCUCGCAUAGUCUCUCGUGGAGAUGGAACACCUGGAAAGUGCUGUGAUGUCUUUGAAUGUGUUAAUGAAACAAAGCCAGCCUGUGUAUUCAACAACGUGGAAUAUAACGAUGGGGAUAUGUUUCGAAUGGACAACUGUCGGUUCUGUCGAUGCCAAGGGGGUGUUUCCAUCUGCUUCACUGCCCAGUGCGGAGAGCUGAACUGCGAGAGGUACUAUGUGCCCGAAGGGGAGUGCUGCCCUGUGUGUGAAGAUCCAGUGUAUCCUUUUAAUAACCCUGCUGGCUGCUAUGCCAAUGGGCAGAUCCGCGCCCACGGGGACCGGUGGCGGGAAGACGACUGCACGUUCUGCCAGUGCAUCAACGGAGAGCCCCACUGCGUGGCAACGGCCUGCGGACAGAGCUGCAUGAACCCCGUCAAAGUGCCUGGCGAGUGCUGCCCUGUGUGUGAAGUGCAGCUGCCCACCUCCAAAGUUUAUAGCUUCCAGAGGACCAGUUUUGUGGAAAUCACCCAUCCCUCACACGUGUACUCCUCCCAUCCCCUAAAGGCAGUGCCUCAGCGCUGGAAAAAGGAGUGGACGGAAAUACGUAUGAUGGUAUACGGUCAGCUUUAUGAGAAAGGGCGCCUUGCCGAAACAGAGGUGGAAGUAUCGUUCCCUGAGAACUGGGGCCAGUCCGCUGUCAACUUGAAAUCCUUACGUUCGCACAUGUGCAUGAUAACUUCAAGAGAAAUUUAA